CCUGGGUUCUCACUCCCUCCCCUGUCCCUCCCCUAGGAAUCUACAUCCUAGACCGACGGUUCCGGGCGCUGGAUGAUUCGUGCACCCAGCUGACGUCCUUCCUGUACAGCUUCUGUCAGCAGAGCCGGCGCCAGCGUAUCAUCCAGCGGAACCGGACUGAGCGGCUCUCCGACCUGCUGGACUGGAAGUACCUGGGCCGGUAUUAUAUGUCUGCCCGACACAUGGCGCUUGCCAAGGCCUUCCCCGACAACUUCACCUACGAGCCCCCGGAGGAGACAGCGGCUCAAGGAUUCCGCUACCCCCGCCCGGCUUCUGUGCCCCCUUCGCCCUCCAUCUCCCGCCACUCCAGCCCCCACCACAGCGAGACGGAGGAGGACGACGAGCGGUACGACGAGGAGGAGGAGGCGGAGAAGGAUCGGCGCAACAUCAAGCCCCCGGCCAUGACGGGCCCCGUCCCCGAGUGGCGCAAGCCACCGAAGAAGGGCUCCAGCGAGGCCAGCACCUCCUCCAACGCCUCCACGCCCACUAUGCCCUCCAGCCCCAGCGACCCCAGCAGCCCCAGCAGCUCCAUCAUCGAGGAGAGGAACUAGGGGAGGGGGUUCUAGACUGGUCUAGAACUAGGGAGUGCCCCCGCCUCAGGCACAACGGUUAUAAGCAAGCCCCCUGCUGUCCCCGUCCUCUGCUUCUGGCUCUCCCUCUCAAGAACCCACGCUUCCCUUUUGCUGGGUUCUAGAUUGCUGGUGCUAGGUUCUAGAUAAUUCAAAACCGGGUCUCCCCUCCUGCCCCCCCCGGUGAGAUGGGUAUGAACAUCCCCUUCUCACUCGCUGUCCUCUGCUUCUGGCUCUCCCUCUCACGAACCCACCCUUCCCUUUUGCUGGGUUCUAGAUGGCUUAUGCUAGGUUCUAGGUCAUUCAAAAGCAGGGGUGACCCCUCCAUGUGAGAUGAAUAUCUCCUUCCUCCCCUCUGCUUCUGGAUCUCCCUCGGGACCCCCAAAGUGAUGGGGUUUUUCUGUGUUCAGUGGCAUGGGGGUUCUAGAGUCCAGUCUCCAAGGUGCUCUAGGACCCUGUACACUAUAGGCUCUGGCCUGCUCCUCCAAACUGCCUAGAACGACCCCCAUGUUGUCUGCAACACUCUGGACCAUACUAGUGUUGGCAGCUGCCAAUUUUCGGGAGAGAUGGGGGGGGCUCUCAAAUGGUAUGGGCUAGGAGCGAGGUCAGCGGUGGUUUAGAGAGAGGCCUGGUCUGGAACAGGGCCUGGCUUCAGUGUGUGGGGUUGGUCUGGAUCAUUCAAUGCUGCUUCUCACUCAAGGAUGCAGGGCAGCCCUGGGUUAUCAUGUUUGGGGAGCUAGAUUGUUCUAGAAUUAUAUGUAUUAAAAUGGGGCUUGGGGAGGUAGGGUACCUAUACAUGAUUCUGGAAUGCAGCAGCGGGUGAUGCUGGGGGUUCUGGAGCAGUCGAGCAUGGGGUCUGCUACAGAUGUUGAUUGGAUUGUUCUGGAGUGAUGUGACAUAGCAGGGUGCUGGAGCUGUUUAGGAGGAGCAGUCUAGACUGACCCUGCUACCGAGGGUGGUGAAGUCUGAAGUGUUCUGGAUCCCUCUAGAACUCAGUGCAAUGAAAGGGGUGGGGCCACAUGUAGAAGUCCACAUUGUCAUGGUCUAGACCAGUCCAGAACAUUGCAUGGUCAAGAGAUGUUGAAGGAUGUUGGGUGUUCUGGAGGGGACGUCUCGAAUGGCAUCUCUAAGAAGGGGGAAGCGCUGGCGGGCACUGUGAAUGAAAGGAGAUGGGUCGGUUCCUGACUUCUGGAAUGCAGCUCUACCUAGAUCUGCAGCACUCCUGUGGUCGAGCAAGCAUCGCCUCGGAAAGAGGUGGUCUAGAUCACAUUGUAGAUCAUUCUAGAGCAUUGCGUGUAGGAUGGAACGAUGCUGCUGGGGGCAGGGUUCUAGAUCAUUCUAGUAGUGUCGGGACAUAUGCUAGAGACCCAAGUUGCCUGGCACAUGUUCUAGGUUGUUUGAACUCACUAGACACCAGCGUGGCUGAAUUGGAACGACUUGCAGGGUUUUGAUCGUUCUCGGCUUGGGAUUUGGUCGCUGGGUUCUAGAUCACCCUGUGCUCAGGCUGAGGGGGCUGCUCUAGAACAUGGCCGACAACGGGGCUGCAGGAAGGCUCCAGGAUUCUGCAUGCAGGUGCAGUCUGGUCACACCUCUACCCCAUCCCAGACCUUCAAUAACAGACCAGUCAAGAACCCGGAUGCUUGAUAUCUAGAAUGCUGCUCCUGGCUGGCCCCAUCUGCUGGGGAGCGGUGGGGAAGGGUCACAAAGCUGGACCUGCUGCUGAGAUGCAGCCACCUCUGGGGGAGGGGAAGGUGUCUAGACAGGGCUCCCCUUGCCUGCCAGUUUCCCAGCAACCCCAAGCCAAGGAAAAUCAUGUUUCAAAGCUGUUUGGGCUGCCAUCCCAUGCCUAGGCCCCCUGCUCUGUGCCUGGGCUGGGUACUGCACCCACGGGUGCCAUGGGACGUCUGUCGGGUAAGCUUUCCCCCCCCCCCCCGGCUCAUGUUUUUUAUUUAUGGCUGUUGCAGAUGUCACUUGGUUUCAUUUUUGUCUCUCCCGGGCCACAGGGAGCUGGGCCGGGCCGGGCCUAAGAAUAAACGUGAGCUCAACUUAGUGUUGGCACUGUGCGUCCUGUGGGGAGCAUCCCUCAGCCUGCUCGGGCCAUGCAGCCGCUUCUGGAGUGCAGCGUGGGGGCUGGCUAUGGGGUAGGGUGGGGGUGGAUAUAGGGGGACCCCUCACCCAGUGCUGGGAUGCGGCUGGCUCUGGGGUGGGGCAUGAGGGCUAGGUAUAGGACUCCUCACCCAAUGCUAGGAUGGGGCUGGCUAUGGAGUGGGGUGGAGGCUGGGUAUACGGAGACCCCUCACCCAGUGCUGGGAUGCGGCUGGCUCUGGGGUGGGGCACGGGGUCAUGUUUAUAAGGGGAUCCCUCACCAAGUGCUGGGAGGUGGCCCAUCUGAGUUGGGGCACAGAGGCUGGUUAUAUGAGGAUCCCGCACCUGCUGCUGGGAUGCGGCCCCACUGGAGUGGGAUUCCAGCCUUUUGUGGGAUUCAGGCUGGGGGUCAGACUGUGGGGAGCACCACUGGUGAAACAGGGUGCUCGGUCCCUCCCAGCCAAGCACCUGAGUGCCCCCCUUCCAGUGCUGCUAGGAUGCUGCUCAUAGGGUGGGGGGAGCAGGGGCAGGGACCCCCAGGACUCCACCCCAGUACAAGGGGGCAGGGACAGCAGCUGCCCCACCCAGGCAUUAAUGCCAUCAGACACCCCAUUAGCCAGCUAGGGAGUGCCAAGCUGGGGGGCAUUGAAGAUGGGAGGGGGAUGUACCCCCCCCUCGGCAGGGCUUACAGUGAUGGUGAAGGGGAUGGGGAGCCAGGACUCCUGGGUUCUGUCAUCGACUUUGCGAGGGGAGGGGUUGGAGCCAGGGGCUGGAAGCCAGGACGCCUGGGUCCUGGUCAGACACCUCACACAGCUGGAGUGCCAAUGCCAAGCCUUUAUUCAAUGCCAGUUACAGAUGUUGGAGG